AUGGGGGAGGCCGCGCUGUUUGUGGAAAGCUUGGUGCCCACCCCGUCUCUCGCCCUGCUCCUUGCAGCUGCCUCGCUGGUGUCGAUUUUAUGCCGAGAAACCAGAGCGAGUUGUCUCGGGAGCGACACGCAGAAUUUAACUAUUAAAGUGCCCAAAUUGUGCCGGCUGGAGGCUGAUGGAGGACCUUGCAGAGGUCAUCUAAAAAGAUACGCCUUUAACUUGACCUCGAUGAGGUGUGAGGAGUUCAUCUACGGUGGCUGUUACGGAAACAGCAACAACUUCAGAGAUUUGCAGUCUUGUGUGGACCACUGUCUGCCAGAGAAAACUGGUCCCUUGCUAUGCUAUAGCCCGAAGGAUGAAGGACUGUGUUCUUCUGCUGUGCCUCGCUAUUACUAUGACGCCAAGACCAAAUCAUGUAACGAGUUCAAAUAUACUGGCUGUGGUGGAAAUGCCAAUAACUUCGUUACUGAAACGGAUUGCUACAAUGUCUGCAGAAAAGGGACUGAGAAGCCAAGAAUCAACAAGCCAACAAAUGUCUUCCGCAGAAAAAUGAUGAGAAAACUGGUUAAGAAACCUCAGACAUAUAACCCGAAGUCUUAA